ACCGGCUGCUCUGUGGACACUGCAGUCUGGCAUACAGACUGAGGCAGAGCUGCAGGGAGGACGAGUCUCUGAGAUCUUGACCGCACCGGAGCUUUGGUGAAAAGUUUGGGGAGCUGCUGAGCCCCUGAAGGCAUCAUGGUUGUGUCGGCGCGGAGCUGGGUGGCCAACGAAGGAGGGAAGUACUUCGUCCUGAUUCUGUGGCUGGGAGUUAACACCUGGCUGUUCAUCAGCACCUUCCUGCUCUACUUCACUGGACAGCAAUACCACUACCUUUACAAGAUGCUCGGGCUAGGAUUGUGCAUCAGCAGGGCAUCUGCAACUGUGCUAAACCUGAACUGCAGCUUGGUGCUUUUGCCCAUGUGUCGCUCUCUGGUGACCUUUGUACGAGGAACACGGAUGAUAUCAAGCAGAAAGACACGCAGACUGCUGGACAAGUCCAAGACCUUUCAUGUGGCGUGUGGCGUUGCCAUCUGCAUCUUUUCUGUUAUGCACGUUUCUGCCCACCUGGUUAAUCUUGUCAGAUUCAGUGUGAGAUACUCAGAUGACUUUCCGGCUCUCAAUUUGGCUCGCUACAGAGGAGAGGACCCCAUGCUGAUUAUUCUGACCACAAUCCCAGGAGUCACUGGUGUGCUGCUGGUCCUCAUCCUCUUCCUGAUGUUCAUAUCCUCCUCCUACUGUGUACGCAUGUCCAACUAUGAGAUCUUCUGGUACACACACAACCUCUUCAUUGUUUUCUACGUCAUCCUGAUGAUACACAUGGUUGGUGGAGCUCUAAAGUAUCAGACCAACAUAGAGGCACACCCCCCUGGUUGCUUCAGAGCCAACCAGAGCAGCACCGAGCAGCAGGGAGAUGAACUGGACACGAGUGAAGAAGAGGAGAGGCGAUGCAACGAGGACGCUCGCUUCCAGCCACAUUAUCCCCAGACGUGGCUGUGGGUGUCUGGUCCUCUCUGUCUCUACUGUGUGGAGCGUUUCUACCGCUACAUCCAGAGCCGUGACCCUGUUACCAUAGUGACAGUCAUCAGGCACCCUUGUGAUGUCGUGGAGUUGCGCAUGCUGAAAAAGAACUUCAAAGCUCGACCUGGACAGCAUAUUCUUCUUAACUGCCCAGGUGUCUCCUCAUUUGAGAACCAUCCCUUCACGCUCACAAUGUGUCCCACAGAGAACAAGGAAACUUUGGGCAUCCAUCUGCGAGUUGUGGGAGACUGGACUGAACGAUUCACACAGCUGCUGCUUCCUGAGCCAAGGAUAGACAUGGAGAUCCUUCCCAUGGCCCAAAAGAGGAGAUACCCCAAAGUUUAUGUUGAUGGGCCAUUUGGAGGUCCGUCAGAAGAGGUAUUCAACUAUGAUGUCAGUCUUUGUGUUGCCGGCGGAAUAGGAGUCACCCCGUUCGCCUGUGUGCUGCGGGCGCUGCUUGAUGGCUGGAUGGGUUUCAGGUUGCAGAGGUUGUAUUUUGUGUGGGUCUGCAAGGAACUCCAGUCGUUUUACUGGUUCGCAGAGCUGCUGUGUGCUCUGCAUCACAAGCUCUGGAACGAAAACAGACCGGACUACUUUAAUCUGAAACUGUAUAUCAGUCAACCAGACAGCUUGCAGAGCAUGUCCGAGGAGAAGUACCGCCCACUCACAUCAAGGAUGCAGAUUGGUCGGCCCAGGUGGAAGUUACUCUUUGAUGAAAUUGAAAAAUCCAACAAACAUAAACGUGUUGGUGUUUUCUGCUGCGGACCGAAGGGCAUCUCCAGGACUCUCCACCGACUGUGUAACUCACCUCAAUACAAUGGAACAACAUUCGAAUUCAACAAAGAGUCGUUCAGCUGAUUAAACUUUAGAGCUGGUGCUACACUGUCAGGGCAUAUCAGUAGAAGUCAUCUACUUUGGGGUAGAUGGCUUCUCAUUCAAUCAUGGGAAAAGUUUUUAGUUAAAUUAAAGUUCUUAGUACCUUUGGACAAUCAUGGUUGCUUAAAAAAAUCUUGGAUGGAUUUUCAUUUGAUAUAAAUACUGACUGUAAAGUUAAAUAAUGAUAGACUAUUUAUAUUCAAUCUCUGUACAUGUUUUCUAAAGGUCUGGCACAUCGAAACAGCCUGUUGGGUGCUUUAAAUAAGCUUCGACUUUGGUUUGUGACCCAAUCAACAUGUGAGAAAAGCUUGGAGUCUCCCGAAGCUUCUGUAUCAUCCCUGCCCUGUUGCACCCCUCUGUGGAGUAAAAUUGCAUUCUCAUGUUGGAGUCGAGUGUGAGGAAAAAGGUGUGACUCACCGUGAUCUUAUCACAGUAUUAAGAGACUUAAGAGCCAAGCCCCCACCUAGUUCUAAAUAUCCAAAAUAUAUGGAUAUCUUCUACAUCCAGAAUCAACUGGCCCAACAUUUGUUUUGUCAGCAUCUAAAAUAUACUGCUCACACAUUCUUAAUUCUUGCUUAUUACCAAGUUGUAAUUACCCUGGAUUUGUCGAUGAACGCUGACUAAAUGAUGAUCACAUUCUUCAAAUACAGUGCUUAACAAAUUUAUUAGACAUUAAACCACUAAAACUGAUUUCUCUGUUCAGGUAAUUAAGUGUAAUUUGGUAUCGUACUCAAAUAAUAAUAUUAAUAAUGUGCUUUACUAUUUUUUCAUACUUUUGUAAAGCAGUAAACCUGAAAAUGAAUGGAUAAUAACAAUAAUUAUAUUUUAGCAUUAAAGGUAUUUCUAUUAAAGAACAUGUGCAUACUGGUGAAUCAACUAUUACAGCAACAUAAAAAUGAUUUUAGUAAUUACCAGUACUGUUAAUUUAGGGCAACUGUGGGCUAAAUUUACACUGGGGCGAUGGUCGAAGAAAAUUGUCAAGCAGUGUAUGUUUAGCAUGCAUGUUAGAUUUAAACGCUCAGAAAAGGGGGCAAGGAUUUUAGGUCUCUGCAGAUUGUUACGGGUCUGUAUGUUUCUCUCACUGUGGAAGGAUUUGUAGACAGCCUGGAGGGAAGUGUGACAUUUGACAAAACUAAGAGGCAGAAAAAAGUAUUACAACACUUAUCUCAGAGUCUGAGGCAGUGUGGUUUAAAAAUGGGCACACGAUGAUGCAGUCUUUACACACCACUACACCUCAAGCUUUUUUUUACUUUUUUUUUGUUGCUUACUUUAUUUAUAUUGUUUAAAAUAAAUGUACAAUUUGACAUGUCAAGGUUCUGCAGGAUUUUGGCAAUCUUUACUGAGUCUACUCACAGGUAUACAACAGAAGCAUAUUUCAGGUUAUGAUGAUUUACUGGUUUACUUUAGUAUUUGUCAUGUUUAAAACCUCUGAUUUUUUUUGAAUGCCACAAACUGGAGACUGGAGGUUUCUACAAAGAAUAAACAUCUUGAUUUUUUUCUGAUCAACUGAGUAAACGUUGUAAUUAUAAUUUGAAAUUUUUGACAUUUAUCUAAAUCUUUAAGAUCAACUUUCUUUUUUGGCACAAGUAUGAAAU